AUGAACAGCAAAGCCAAUACAGUGAUAGUCUAUGAACAAAAUGUUUUACUUUUGAGGGUGUUGUUAUAUUUACCUUAUAUGGAAGAAGUACUUACAAUGCCUAAAGCUAAAGUGUGGAUUCUGGUCUCUGAACUGGAUCUUGCUUCCUUCGUGUUUCAAAAGGGAUGGGAUAUGCAAGGCCUCCAUGGUGCUCUUUCCUUUGCUGCUUACUCCAAUGAAGUUCCAGGAUUUCAAGCUUUCCUUCAAAAUAGGAAUCAUUUAUUCAUAAAAGAAGAUUUGUUUGUGAGAGAAGUGUGGGAACAAGCAUUUGGUUGUGAUUAUCCCACUUCAUCUGUGAUUACAGAUAGUACUUGCACUGGGGAAGAGAGAUUGGAGAGCCUUCCAGCAACUCUUUUUGAAAUAAGCAUGACUGGCCAUAGUUACAGUAUAUACAAUUCAGUCUCUGCUAUUGGAUAUGCUCUACAUGACAUGCAGUCAAGUCUACAAAAAUAUAGAAUGCUAAAGAAGGGAGGGAAAUUGCACCUUCAAAAUCAGCAGCCAUGGAAGCUCCACUAUUAUCUGAAAAGAAUCUCAUUUAAUAACAGCGUUGGAGAUGUAAUAAGUUUUGAUAUGAAUGGGAAAUUGCUAGUUGGAUUUGACAUUAUAAACUGGAUAACAUUCCCAAACCAAUCCCUUCAUCGAAGAAAAGUUGGGAAACUCGAUCCUUGGGCUCCUAAAGAGAAGAUGCUUAUGAUUAAUGAUGAUGCCAUCACUUGGCAGAGUAGCACUAACCUGACUAUACCCACAUCUCUUUGUUCUGAUCGCUGCCAUCCUGGUUAUUUCAAACGAAAGCAAAAAGAGAAACCACCUUGCUGCUAUGACUGUAUCAUAUGUCCUGAAGGGAAAUGGUCAGGCAAGAUUGAUGCUGAAUACUGCUCAGGAUGCCCAGAAGAUCAAUAUCAUCCCCUUUCCCCAGAGUUAUCCUUCAUUCCCAAUCUCCUUGUUUUCUGGAAAUUGCUUAAGAUCAAGAUCUAGAGUUGGACUGUUUGUUUCAUCAGGCUGGAUGGGAUGUUCCAGUUGGUAUAAUAUUGAGAUACCAAGGAGAAAGAUACCAAUUAAAUACUGUUGAAAAAGCGGAAGAAUUUCAUCAAAAAUUUUUGAAAAUGAGCUCAACAUUU